AUGACGGCUGCACACUGCUUUGACAGCACGAGCACCAUUGGUCUGGUCGUCUACCUGGGCCGACAGUAUCUGCAGGGCAGUGCUAACCCCAACAUGGUUUCCAGGUCCGUCACACGUAUAAUCAAACAUCCCAGUUACAGUACCAGCACCAGCGAUAAUGACAUCGCCCUCCUCCGUCUGUCCUCCUCCGUCAACUUCACCGACUACAUCCGCCCCGUCUGCCUGGCAGCAGCUGGCAGCACCUUCAACUCUGGCACCAAAACAUGGAUCACCGGAUGGGGAACCACCACUGCAUCAGGCGGGACGCUGCAGCAGGUGCAAAUUCCAGUGGUGGGAUUGACAGACUGCCGUGAGGCUUACCACCCUCAUGCUGUUAUCACUAACAACAUGAUGUGUGCUGGAUUACUAGGACAGGGAGGCAAGGACUCCUGCCAGGGAGACUCUGGUGGUCCAAUGGUGGUCGAGCAGGACUCUGUGUGGGUCCAGGCAGGGAUUGUGAGUUUCGGCAUUGGCUGUGCCGAGGCAGAAUUCCCUGGAGUGUACGCCCGCGUCUCCCAGUAUGAAAGCUGGAUCAACUCCACAAUCACCACAGACCAUCCAGGCUACGUCACCGGUGGAGCCGGCAGUGCUGGAGGGGCCCCCAGCCUCCUCACAGGGCUCUUUACCCUCUCGCUCUACCUCCUCAUCUCUGCCUGACUCUUCUACUGACCCCCCCACAUCGCUAGCAUCAGUAGUAGUUUCCCUACUUGCAUUACUGUUUGAUGGUUAUCAUCGCAGAUUGACCUCCGCUGCAGUAAGCAGUUUCUCUGCUCUCAUCACUAUAUCAAUGCUAGCAAUGCUAUCAUCACACUAUACUGUACACUAUAAUGUAGUUCUAGUCCUAUCAGGAUUGCGAUCAUCACAGGUUCAUUGCCAUUGUAGCCCUUGUGUUGGAUCAGUAAAAGCUACACACAGAUUUCUAGGUUCCUGAGCUGUGUAAUAACUAAAAUCUGAAACCGAGAUAUGGCAACUAUA